CUUGCUUUUGUAUACAUUAUUACACUUUUCUCAUGCAACAUGUCAUAAUAAGACAUUUUUCCCCCCCAUAAACAGCCAAGGAUGAUUACAACAGAUCACUGCAUGACUUCUCACCCUGCAAUAAUACCAACGUAAUGGCAUUCAGCCGAGCCUUCCUCCCUUCCCUCUACAGCAUCGUAUUCAUUGUAGGGUUAAUUGGCAAUGGCCUGGUGGUUUGUGUCCUUGUCAAGUAUCACAAAGGAUUCAACAUGUCAGAUCUCUGUCUUUUCAACCUGGCUAUUUCAGACCUCCUCUUCCUGAUCUCAUUGCCUUUCUGGGCUCACUACGCUGCCAUCACUAAGUGGACCUUUGGGAUCUUCAUGUGUCAUGCAGUAACAGCGCUGUACAUGCUGGGAUUCUAUGGAAGUAUCUUCUUUAUGAUUCUCAUGACCGUUGACCGCUACACUGUCAUUGUCCACUGCUACACCUCCAUGUUAUCCAAGCACCGGUCUGUCAGAGCUAGCAUAGCCCUGGCUUUGUUUGUGUGGGCACUUAGCUUGGGAGCUUCUCUGCCAACCAUCAUUUUCUCUCAAGUCAAGAAUGAAUCGGAUGAAUGGAAAUGCAGGGUGGAAUAUCCACAAGGGACAGCAUGGGACUCCUUCACUUACAUUGAGCUGAACAUCCUCGGCUUGAUCAUUCCUCUCUCGGUGAUGGUGUUCUGCUACUCGCGUAUCAUCCCCAUCUUAAUGACGAUGAAAUCUCAGAAGAAACACAAAGCUGUCAGGCUCAUGCUGGUCUUGGUUACUGUUUUCUUCCUCUUCUGGACGCCCUACAACAUCGUCAUCUUCCUGAAGUUCCUGCAUCACUUGGGCUACAUGAGCACCUGUCAGUGGCAUCAGGACCUGAGCAUGGCUAUGCAGUGGGUGGAAACCAUAGCGUUCAGUCACUGCUGCCUCAACCCCAUAAUCUACGCCUUUGUGGGGCAGAAAUUCAGGAAUUUAUUUCUAAAAAUCCUGAAAGAGUGGUUUCCUCUUUGCUUUGGGCAUUGCAUAAUAAUUAAUAAUGAUUUCAGAAUUAUUUCAAAAGUCAGAAUUUAA